UGGUACGCUGCGCCCUGCGGGCGGCAGAUGGACUGGUAAAUAGGUACUUAAGUAAUUUUUAUAAUUUUAUUUUACUAAAAUAAAAACAGGAUGGAAUAACUCCGAUAGCACGUGGUGAACUUGUGGCAGCAAGCUGGGUUUUGAUUUUCCUUUUACUGACUUUACACCUAACUUUCUCAUACAUACUAGUGAGCGUUUCCAUCUUCGCCAUGGAUUCUUUUGGAGAUCGCCAUCUGCCAGAGAUGUCCAUGGAUGCACGCACAACCUUGCACAUCUUGCUGCGUAUGGCAGACGAGCUCAGCACAAUGUCAUUCGUGGAUACACUGGAUUUGGAUACACUGGGAUACGGCCACUUAUCCCCGGAGGGCCUGAAUACCCUGCUCUUACAGGCUGCUGGUCCGGAUGCGCUGGAGUACGAAGAAUUAACGGGAACGGAUGUCAAUCUGGCCGUCCUGGAUACCCUGCUGCUGAACGGUGCGGAUAUUGCCUGCAGAGACAGCGACGGCAAUAGUCCGCUAUACAGGGCGGUAUUGCAUGACCAGCUGCGCGAAGCGGAAUUCCUCUUGGAGAAGGGUGCACCUAUCAACGACGUCUAUGUUAACGCCAACGAUUUAGACGGGGAGACAUGUCUGACGACGGCGGUGCAGCUGGGAAACGCGCAGAUGGUCCGUAUGUUGUUGCGAUGUGGGGCGGACGUGAACGCUAUCGAUGGUCCAGGUUUGGUGUGGUUCUGUGCCUUGCAUCGUGAUCUGGAGAUCUUGACGCUGUUGGUCAGCGCGGGCGCUAAUUUGCUUCAGCCGGAUGCUCUUGGAGAUACGCUGGUGGAUGUAGUUUUUUUGUGUGCGGCACAGUCAGAGCAUGAUGUGGUUGACUUUGUGAACUCUUUUGAACAAAACUAUGAAACAACUGAUUCCUCCGGACAGCUGGCUGCAUUUCAAGAGUACGACAAAUCUGUGCAUAGAGCGAUGAUGCAAGGUCUCGGAGAACGAAUUCACUGCCUAAUUUUCAUCAUGUCAACGGCACAUGUUUUGCCGGAUCCGAUGCAGAUCGAGCUUGCCCUGCAUCUGAAUUCGUUUUACACGGUUGCAUCUCUGUAUUUCUGGUGCCUGACCUCCGGUGCAACAGUGAUCUUUCCAGAAUAUAUUACAGGAAAUUUCCUUAGCGAAACUUUUCGUGCCCCGCAUCCGUAUGCGCUGUGUGGAGCCGAAGUUCUCAUGGAAAUAAUACUGCGCAACGAAGCUUCUCAUGGAAGUUGCCAAUGGGUUCUUGAUUUUUUGGCUGCGAAAUGCCAGUCGCCGUGUGUUCAUACCCCGGUGCAGCGUCUCAAGCAUAUCUGUUUGAUCAGACUGAGGAAAGUGCUUGCGGAUAGCAAAUUCGCUGAUGUAGACUUUUCGUCAUUGGUUCACCAGUUGAAAGUUCCCGAAGCGAUGAAACACAUCAUAAACAUGGACGAUCUGAAACUGAAGAUAGAGCGAAACAGAGAGAUUGUACUGGAUCUUCUUCGCUGAUAUUCUUGACUAACGCCGUUAGCUAUGGUCUAUGGUAGCUUGUUUUAAGUACAUAGUUUUAUUAAGUGUAAAAAUUAUUUUUAUUCUUUACUGUGUUCACUGUUCAGUGUAUGUUUGCUAAAAUCUCACUGUUUAAGUGCUUAUUAUGCUCGCACAGAUCUUACUGUUGCCCGUGUGAUGUUCAAAUCUUCAUAUGUACAGUUUCAAUACGAUAAUCUGGAGUUCUGGACAAAUACCGGUAACCGAAAAUAUGUGCAUAUCAAAAUGGA